ACUGACGGUAGACGGAGUAGAAGGCGCCACUGCUGUUCGCCGCAAUGCAUUGGCCGCGUCUCAUUGCUGUCAUUGGUGCGGCCAAUGGCCUCCGACCGAGUUUCGACCCGAUCGGCUUGGCUGCGCGCGAUGCCGGGCGCCUUAGCCAACUUGACCCUGUCAGACAGCCGUCCAGGGAGACCGCGGCGAUCGUGAGCGCUGCCGCUCUGGCCACAUCAAUGCUGCCGGAAGCGGCGGUCGCCAAGGGAGGUGAAUAUGGGUUAGCCGAGGGCCGCAUCAUUUCUUUAGCUCAUCCGGUAGCGAUGGGCGGCUGCUUCCUGGCGACGCUGUACGCGGGCUACACGGGCCUCCAGUGGCGCAUGUUAAGGGAAUUGGGCGUUGAAUUGAAGGAGGCGCGCGCCGCGGCCUCGGCCGCACAAAAAGCCGUGCAGGAGCACGCCGGCGCCGGCGCCUCCGACGAGGAGGCCCUGGCGCCGCCGCCGCCAUCAUUGGUGCAAGCGGCGUCCGACGCCGACGCGACCGUCGCCGCCCUGACGGAGAAGCGGUCCGCCAUCCAAGCGGGCAACUUCAGAGAUAGGCACUACCAGCUCGGGACGAUUCUGCUCGCCGUGGGCAUCCCCAUGGCCCUCGAGGGCCCGGUGAACACGUACAUGCGCGCGGGCAAGCUCUUCCCGGGGCCCCACGUCUACGCGGGCGUCGGCGUCGCGUCGCUCUGGGCCAUCGCCGCGGCGCUCGUCCCGGAGAUGCAGAAGGGCAAGGAGUGGGCGCGCACGGCGCACAUCGGCGUCAACGCCGUGACUUUUGGUCUGUUCGCCUACUACCAGAUCCCGACGGGCCUCGAGAUCGCGGCCAAGGUGAUCGAGAAGACGAAGUUCCCCUAAUUAGUAUUGUUUCGGUCUU